AUGGUUUUGGAUAUCACUCAAGCUACUAAGCACUUAGACACCUACUCCAAGAAGGAUGGGUUGUCCAUCCAGCAGUUGAUCGACUCCACCAACUUCGGUGGGUUGACCUACAACGACUUCCUUGUGUUGCCAGGUUUGAUCAACUUCCCAGCCUCUGCCGUCAAGCUCGACUGCAAAUUGACCAAGAAGAUCACCUUGAAGGCCCCAUUCGUCUCUUCUCCUAUGGACACCGUCACCGAAGAGAACAUGGCCAUCCACAUGGCUUUGUUGGGUGGUAUUGGUAUCAUCCACCACAACUGUACCGCUGACGAACAGGCUGAGAUGGUCAGAAAGGUCAAGAAGUACGAAAACGGUUUCAUCAGCGACCCAGUGGUCGUUUCCCCAUCGUGCACCGUUGGCGAAGUCAAGGCCUUGAAGGAAAACUUAGGUUUCACCUCUUUCCCAGUUACUGAAAACGGUAAAGUUGGAGGUAAAUUGGUUGGUAUCAUCACCUCCCGUGAUGUCCAAUUCCACGACGACAACAGCUCCAAGGUCUCUGAAGUCAUGACCACCGACUUGAUUGUCGGUAAGGAAGGCAUUGAUUUGUCUGAAGGUAAUGCUUUGUUGAGAUCUUCCAAGAAGGGUAAGUUACCAAUCGUCGAUGCUGACUACAACUUGGUUUCUUUGAUCUCGUUGACUGACUUGCAAAAGAACCAAAGUUACCCAGACGCCUCUAAGUCUUACCACUCCAAGCAAUUGUUGUGUGGUGCUGCCAUCGGUACUAUCGAUGCUGACAAGGAAAGAUUGGUCAAGUUGGUUGAAGUCGGUUUGGACGUUGUUGUCAUCGACUCUUCAAACGGUUCUUCCAUUUUCCAAAUCAACAUGAUCAAGUGGAUCAAGGAAAAAUUCCCAGACUUGCAAGUCAUUGCCGGUAAUGUUGUCACCAGAGAACAAGCUGCUUUGUUGAUUGAAGCCGGUGCCGAUGCCUUGAGAAUCGGUAUGGGUUCUGGUUCUAUCUGUAUCACCCAAGAAGUCAUGGCUUGUGGUAGACCACAAGGUACUGCUGUCUACAAUGUUGCUGAAUUUGCCAACCAAUUCGGUGUUCCAUGUAUCGCCGAUGGUGGUAUCAGUAACAUUGGACACAUCACCAAGGCCUUGGCCUUGGGUGCCUCUGCCGUCAUGAUGGGUGGUUUGUUGGCCGGUACCUCUGAAACCCCAGGUGAGUACUUCUUCUCUGACGGUAAGAGAUUGAAGUCCUACAGAGGUAUGGGUUCUAUUGAUGCCAUGCAACAAACCAAGACCAACGCCAACGCUUCUACUUCCAGAUACUUCUCGGAGGCUGACAAGGUCUUGGUUGCCCAAGGUGUUUCUGGUUCCGUUGUUGACAAGGGUUCCAUCACCAAGUUUGUUCCAUACUUGUUCAACGGUUUGCAACACUCGUUCCAAGACAUUGGUAUCCAAUCCUCCGCUGAAUUGAGAGAAAAGGUUGACAGCGGAGAUGUCAGAUUCGAGUUCAGAACUGCCUCUGCCCAAUUCGAGGGUGGUGUCAGUGGAUUGCACAACUACGAAAAGAGAUUGCACAACUAG